UACGCAGUAAGGCGGUCCCGAUCAGUGUUCUAAAAAAAGAAGUCGCUAUUUAGUCAGUUUUGUUGUUUUAUUUCUGAAUCUGUCUGGGGUAUUAACUUCUGGCUAAAAGUAUGGCUUCUUCGGAUGUUGCUCGGCAGUCGGACAAAGGAAUGCGGCCCCUGUCCCUGGCAGGCCACGUGGGCUUUGACAGCCUCCCAGAUCAGCUUGUCAACAAGUCCAUCUGCCAGGGCUUCUGCUUCAAUAUUCUCUGCAUCGGCGAAACCGGUAUUGGCAAGUCUACCCUGAUGGACACUCUGUUCAAUACCAACUUUGAGAACUUUGAGUCAUCCCACUUUGAGCCUCAGGUGAAGCUGCGGGCUCAAACCUAUGACCUACAGGAGAGUAACGUCAGACUACGCCUUACCGUGGUCAACACUGUGGGCUUUGGAGACCAAAUGAACAAACAAGAGAGCUAUCAGCCGGUGGUGGACUACAUCGACAAGCAGUUUGAGAGUUAUCUGCAGGAGGAGCUAAAAAUCAAGCGCUCUCUUCACAACUACCAUGACUCACGAGUCCACGCCUGCCUUUACUUUAUCUCCCCGUCAGGUCAUUCAUUAAAAUCCCUGGACCUGGUCACUAUGAAGAAACUAGACAGCAAGGUGAACAUCAUCCCAGUCAUUGCCAAAGCUGACACCAUCAGUAAGACCGAGCUGCACAAGUUCAAGAUCAAAAUCAUGAGUGAGUUGGUCAGCAACGGCGUCCAGAUCUACCAGUUCCCCCUGGAUGACGAGACUGUAGCUAAGGUCAACACUACAAUGAAUGGUCAUUUGCCAUUUGCUGUAGUAGGCAGCACAGAGGAAGUCAGCGUUGGCAAUAAGUUGGUGAAGGCUCGUCAGUAUCCCUGGGGUGUAGUACAAGUGGAGAAUGAGAAUCACUGUGACUUUGUGAAGCUGAGGGAGAUGCUGAUCUGUGUAAACAUGGAGGACCUGAGAGAACAGACGCACACUCGCCACUAUGAGCUGUACAGACGCUGCAAAUUGGAGGAAAUGGGAUUUAAAGACACAGGCCCCGAGUGCAAACCUGUCAGCUUGCAGCAGACUUAUGAGACAAAGCGUCAGGAGUUCCUGGUGGAGCUGCAGAAGAGAGAGGACGAGAUGAGGCAGAUGUUUGUGCAGAGGGUAAAGGAGAAGGAGUCUGAGCUGAAGGAGGCUGAGAGAGAGCUACAAACUCGUUUUGAGCAGCUGAAGCGCCUCCACGCAGACGAGAAAGCAGCUCUUGAGGAAAAGAAGAGACACCUGGAGGACGACCAGAGCUCCUUCAGCAAGAGACGAGCCGCCGCCCAGCUCCUGCAGGCCCAGAGCCUCACCGCCAACGGCAAGAAGGACAAGGACCGCAAGAAUUCUGGCUUCAUGUGAAGACAUUGGGAUCUGAAGUACGCUCCAGUAUGACCAGUAUAACCAAUGACAUUUUGCUCACAUCCUUUCCAGCCCUUUGUGGCCAGUCUCAAACACUAACCAGGAAAACCCCACACAAACCAGCAGUGUGUGCGAGUGUCAGUUUGAUUUUGUGCCAAAGUUUAAUGACUGUACCCAUGAAUCCUGUGUAAACUUUCCUCAAUGGUAUUUUUAAUCUUCUUUGUGGCUUUUAUACCUCUGUGUAAUAUUUUAUAUUUAUCCAUUUUUUUUGUCAUUUUUAUUUUCCAUAUACCUCCCUCUUGUUGUUUUUUCUGCCCAGACUGAGGGACACCUCAGUGUAUUGAUCCUCACUUCGAUAGGAACUUCAAUAGGUACAAACAAUACAUUGAAAGGGACUUCUUCAGUUACAUUUAAUCUGUCUGCCAUGUGGUUAGUGCACAAUAAGAGCACUCUCAGUAUUUAGUAAUGCAGUCUUAUGGCUUUGUUAAUGAGACAGUCAAACAUCUGUAACAUGCUUGUAAUUUAUUAUAAAGCCCCUUUCAGACAUCCACUUCAUGAGGAGAUUUACAUUUUGUCUAAACAAGUGCCAGAGUCUCUUUCUCAUAAAAGUCGCUGCGGCGAUCUGACAAUGUUGGACGUGGUAAAAUCUCUGUAACACCUCCAACACAAGUCAUAGCUGCUGGUGGUGUUGCAACUGAAUGCAAAAUGAAUGUUAAAGCUACAGUAGCAUAUCCUACAUUUAAUAUUUUUUAUUAUUACUUAUUAAACUGUUUAAUAAACCACAAAAGACUUUAAAUGAGACCAGUUUAAUUUGUAGAGGAGAUUACUCUCAUGUCAAAGUCAAUACAAAUGUGUUAUUAAUUUCAUUUUUUAUUUGUGGUGAGGGAAAAGGAACAAAAGCCUUCGGACAACCACAGGUAGUGAUCAGACCAUCAGUCUCCCUAAAUAUUCAGCUUUCAUUCAUGCCAACUGCUUACAGUAUGAAUAUCCAGCAAAGUGCUUUAGAGACAGCUUGUUAGUUUUAACUACAUUUAGUCAUUGUCAGAUGGUGUGAAAUAGGCAGCAGAAUUGUAUGUUCUAUACGUAAUUGAUGACAUAGACAAAUGUAUCAGGAAGUCUACAGGGUUGGUUAGACUAGUGAGAAGCAGAGGCGAGCGGAUCGUGAAUGGAGAGAUAAACAAUGAAAAAUUCAUCACUUUAUUAUUUAUUCAACUCACAGCUGUUCUCCAGCAGUGUUAUGUGAGCAGAGUAUUAACUCCACAGAGACCUAUGUAUGUUUGAAUGCCAAAAAUUCCAUUAAUGUAACAGAUUUGUAGCUAAAUCCAACAAUGUUACAGAAUCCAUGUCUGAAAAGGGCUUCAGUGAGCAUUUCUGAAGUAGUGCUUUCAUCAUUAAGAGUUGUCAUAAGCAUGGUCACAGGGCAUUAGAAUUCCUUAUCCCUUUUCUGUAUUUUGUUUUUCCCCUCACACCUCCUUGAUGCUAUAAACUUUUAUUAUGAGCACCCCAGCAUUACAAAGAGCCACAGUGAAUCUCCUGUUGUAGUUCCAAAGGGAAAGAGUUUUUUAACUUAUCUUGUCCUAUCACAGUCUUCUAGGAGAGUGAGGCUAAGGCUCAGUUUUGGAUUAGGGAUGCAUGUUACAGCAUAUAUAUAGCGUUUUACUUGCUCGCUUAUUUUAUUUAAUUUUUUUUUUUACUGACACAAACAGUUGAAGUUUGCAAUGCAAAGUCUGUCUGAAAAGAGCUGACGCGUGGGAAAAAAUGAAUUAUGUCAAGUCAGUGUUUGUUGAGGGGGCACAGGAAGAGAGGGAGGAUGUAUUUUUUAUCUUUUUUUUUUUUAUUCCCUUCUCUCUGGAGUCACAGCGAGACAGGGUUUCACACUUCAAAGCAUUUUACAGCACAGAAUACACCAGAACACUGUGGUGCUGGUUUCCAGUAAAGUGUGAUUUAUAAACCAACUCACAAACACUACCGCUUUAUAUUUACACUAGUGCUUACGAUGUGUUAGUGCCUUAUCUGCGUGAAGCUCACUUAGAAAUACAGUAUCCACUUAACUUGUACAUCCAGGGAAACACACUAAUGGAGUAAAGCUUGUCUAAGACACAUUUGUACUACACUUGUAUUUGAGGAAUGAACAGUGUUAUUUGGGAACCUUUUUUUUUCCUUCUUUUAAAAUAAAUCUUUGUAUUUUUGUCAUGAUA